GACCGGGAAGUUUUCAAAUUGUAGUUUCACGGCGUGGAAAACAUGUUGUGAUCAAGCUGUCAGGGCUGGUACUUGUUUGCAGUCAUGUCUUCUAAGAAGAAGCAGAGGGGCAAAUCCUUUCCCAGGGCUCCAGAUGGGAAUGUUGGUGGGAGCCAUAUGUUGGGGGACAGUUCUCUGUGUAGCGAAAAUGGUUCAUCACCUCUGUCUAGUCUCAAUUUGACAGUCACUGACUGCACUGAGAAAGUUGAUGACAAGAUCCCAAAGGUCUACAAGCACUCUCUUGUGCUGCUUGGCCUCAAUACCAUGAAGUCUGCUCACAUCUGUAUUGGACGGCCUAUCUUGCUUACAAGUACUGCUGGACAACAAGAGGUAUCCACUGCCUGGCCUGUAACCAGCUUCCCAGGAGGAAAAGUGGGCUUAACUGGCCCUGCUAUGAAAAAUCUCAAAGUGAAGCCUGGUGAUGUUAUCAGUGUCCAGCCUGUAGCAGGCCCUAUUUUGCAAGCUGAGGAAAUACACGUUGUUCUAAGAGAGAAGAAGUCUUUUAAACAAGAUGAAUUGUUGGAUUUUAUUCUAAGAAGUAUGGAUGGAAAGAUAAUACUCCCAGGAAAUGUCUUGACUCUCACAUUCUACGGCCACCCUUGCAGCUUAUUGGUGACAAAAGUAAUAGGUGUGGAUGGACGUACUAUACAAACUUGUUGCUCUGCUGGCUCCGGUGAAACUAAUGAAGAGACUGCUGAGAUGUCCGUUUUGGAGUCUAGUGCUGCAGACCUUUCCAUGCAAUUAAGUCAGUUAGAGAUCUCAGGCACUGAAGAACAGAUGGUCACUAGCACUCCUUCCAAAUCUGAAACAUCUGAUUUAUCUGUUGUUCAUGAUGUCACAGAACUACAAACUGAACAACUUCAGAAGGCUGUAGGAAAACAUAACUGUGUGGAGGACUGUACACAUAACAGGGGUGAUUCAGAUGUGUGUGACGUUCUAGAGCAUGAAAGCUGCUCUUUUGUGGAAGAUAAGUUACUCCAUUCUCAAAAUGCAGACAUAAGGAGCAAUACUGAUGCAUUUUACUGUAUUUCAUUGAUAACACGUAUCAGUUUUAAGGAGAGGAAAAGUCAGGAUACAGAUGACCGAGAUGGAAAGCCAAGAGUGACCUAUGAUAUGAUAGGUGGUCUCGGUAGCCAGCUUAAGGUCAUAAGAGAAACACUAGAACUUCCUCUGAAGCAGCCCAAAAUUUUCAAGAAGUACGGAAUUCCUCCUCCCCGUGGUGUCCUGCUUUAUGGUCCGCCAGGCACUGGAAAAACAAUGAUUGCCAAAGCAGUUGCAAAUGAAGUGGGUGCUUAUGUUUCUGUCAUCAAUGGACCCGAAAUUAUGAGCAAAUUUUAUGGAGAAACUGAAGCAAGACUCCGGCAGAUCUUUGCUGAAGCUUCACAAUGCCGACCAUCAAUAAUAUUUAUAGAUGAAUUGGAUGCAUUAUGUCCAAAGAGAGAGGGUGCUCAAAAUGAAGUAGAGAAGAGAGUUGUUGCUUCAUUGUUGACACUGAUGGAUGGCAUUGGCUCGGAGGAAAAUGAAGGCCAGCUUUUAGUACUGGGUGCUACAAACCGUCCACAUGCCUUGGAUUCUGCUCUGCGCAGGCCAGGACGGUUUGAUAAGGAAAUAGAGAUCGGGGUUCCCAAUGCCAUGGAUCGCUUAGAUAUCCUUAGAAAGCUGCUUGUGAAUGUACCACAUGGGCUUACUGACACACAAAUGAUAGGACUUGCUGACUCAGCACAUGGCUACGUGGGGGCGGAUUUGGCAGCUUUAUGCAAAGAAGCAGGUCUGUGCGCCCUGAGGCGAGCUAUUGGUGAACACAAAAACCCUUCAGAUACUGUGAUAGCUGACUCUGUUCUUAUUGAGCCAAGAGACUUCAUGAAAGCAAUGAAUGAUGUCAGGCCCAGUGCCAUGAGAGAGGUGGCUAUUGAUGUGCCAAAGGUGUCUUGGUCAGACAUAGGAGGCAUGGAAACUGUGAAAAUUAAACUGAAGCAGGCAGUGGAGUGGCCAUUAAAACAUCCAGAUGUGUUCAAAAGAAUGGGAAUUCAGCCUCCAAAGGGGAUUCUCUUGUAUGGACCACCAGGUUGCUCCAAGACAAUGGUAGCAAAAGCUUUGGCUAAUGAGAGUGGACUCAACUUCUUGGCAGUGAAGGGACCUGAAUUGAUGAGUAAAUAUGUGGGUGAAUCUGAGAGAGCAGUACGAGAGAUUUUUCGAAAAGCUAGAGCUGUAUCACCUUCCAUUCUCUUUUUUGAUGAGAUUGAUGCCCUUGCUGUUCAGAGAGGCAGCUCCUCAGACAGCAGUAAUGUUGGUGACCGAGUGUUGGCCCAGUUAUUGACUGAAAUGGAUGGAAUAGAACAGCUCAGUGAUGUGACCAUCUUAGCAGCUACAAAUCGCCCAGACAUGAUAGACAAGUUAAAGAACUUUGAAAAUAUUAUGGAAAAUGAAAUUAGGAAAAUGGAGAAAUUAAUGAAAUACAAUAAGGCCCAUCACAACUUGUACCCGAAUGAAUACUACAAAUUAGAGGAGUUAAAAACCAACAAAGAUAUUAGGGUGAUGAAACCCGAUAAGGGUGGGGGUAUUGUUGUGAUGGAUGUAAUUGUAUAUGAAGAUGUAGUUGACCUUUACUUCUCUAUACCACAUGACAUAGGGAUUGAGUAUAUCACUAGGAAGCUUAUCACCCUUGGAGCAGAGAAUGACGAGAUUUGUUUGAUUCAAGAACUCUUAGAUGUGAUUUUGAACAACAAUUAUGUUGGUUUCAAUGGUGACAUCUGCAAACAAAUAGUUGGUGUAGCUAUGGGUUCCCCAUGUGAAGCAAGUUACGCCAACUUAGUUCUAGCUCAGUGGGAACAUGACCAUGUAUUCAACAAUGACAAUUUUGAAAAAGUAAAACUCUACAAUAGGUUUUUGGAUGACAUUUUUAUUAUGUUUCAAGGAAGUGCAGAUGAUGCUAGUAGUUUUGUGGAUGUACUGAAUAACAGCACCCCAUUCCUAAGAUUCACUUAUACUUAUAGUGUAGAUACCAUCAGUUACCUAGAUGUGGAAUUGAAAAGGGAUGUUGUGAUUGAUCAGGUAGUAGUUAAUGAAAGAGGUGGACCCCAGCAGUUAUUGUUGGAGAAAUGGGAACUUAUUUGGCAACUUAGACUGAAUUCAUAUACGUUACCUGGUCUGAAUGAAGUCACUUCUUUGACGUGUGUUUUAAAGUUAAGAAGUUUGUUGAGGUGA